AAAUGCAAAUACUGGAAAACUUUAUAUUACGAACAUGUGCUCUCACUGCUGAUAACAGAAUAAAUAUUUAUAUUCGGCAAGAGGCAAUAAGGAAAUUGAAUUCAAUGCUUGAUGCCAUGCCUCGAGAUACCAGAAAGAAAAUUAUUUCCACAAAGGAAAUGUUACAUGUCAUGAAUGAGCUGGGAAAGAAAGUUUUGGAUGCUGGGGACUAUGAUCUCCAAGUUGCCAUUAUUGAAGCUUUAUGCAGAAUGACAUCAGAAAAACAAAGAGGAGAGCUAGCAAGCCAGUGGUUUUCUAUGGAGUUUGUUACUAAUGCAUUUAAAGGAAUUAAGGAUUCAGAGUUUGAAACGGAUUGCAGGAAGUUCCUUAAUCAGGUGAAUGGCAUGCUUGGAGACAAAAGAAGGGUUUUCACCUAUCCCUGUUUAUCAGCCUUCCUGGGGGAAUAUGAGCUACAGAUACCGGAAGAUGACAACCUUGAAGCGUUUUGGAUUGAUUUUAAUACUGGUAGUAGAAGUAUAUCUUUCUAUGUUGCUGCAGAUGAUGAGGCUCAUCAUUGGGAAACUGUAAGCAUACCUGAAGAAGAAAUUGAAACAUACAUUAUAGAAGACCAGAAAGACAAAAAGAAGUUAACAAUAAAUAUAAAAAAUCCAAUAUUUGUGGGUGAUGAAGAAGGGGAGAAAAUAAUAUUAUAUUUUGAUUCUGCAUUGGAAAUAUUGGAUGCAGUAAGAAAAGUUUAUGGUGCAAAUAAAUGUCAGGGGUUUACUAAGAAGAGCACUAUGUCAGUUGCCAGAACCACAGUACAUGUAAUUUUUGAUGAAAGCGGAUCACAGGUUCUUGUACCAGAAAGUCAGAUAUCACCUUUAAAAGAAAAAUCUUGGAAGCAAGUGGAAGACAAAUGUAGUUAUCCUGCAAAACAUCAUAAUCACCCCCAAAAUCUGAAUAAAGAAGUUAAUGUGGACUUCCAAGCUCCUCAGUCCAAAAUCACCCCUGGUAAAAGGAAGGUAUCUGAGGCAUCAAUGACUGUACCUUGCACUACCAGAUUACCAGGGCAAAGUCCAUUUCAGUUGGUUAAUACUUCAUCUCCUCGUAAAGGCCGGAUUAAAAUGCCUCUUCAAAUGAUGAACUCAGUGGAACAAACUGACACUUCUUCACCUCCUGAGAGAAGAGCAAUGGAUUUUAGUCUCAUAGAAGAUAGCAUAUCAGUAUCUUCUGUAACAAAAUCUCUUCAGAAGAAUAACAUUGCCACACAAAAGCAUAUUACAGUCAAGAAAGGGAUUCAGGUGUUUCACAAUGAGGAAGAUUUAGACACCUGCAAAAACCAAAAAUUAGGCAAGUAG